UUAGAGAUGAAGUUCAUUUGUUUGACUUUGCUGAUGAUUAGUGGAAUUACAGAUUCAAUAUCAGAGCGGUAUGAAGUCGUGGGUCCUGCAGAUCCUGUGUUUGCUGUAGCUGGUGAAGAUGUGAUUCUGCCCUGUUCAGUCAAACCCAACAUCAGUGUUGUGGACAUGAGAGUGGAGUGGUUUAGAUCUGAUCUGAAAGACUCGCAACUAGUGCAUCUCUAUGAGAAUCAUGAAGACAGAAAUACAGAUCAGAUUCAGUCCUACAGAGGGAGAACAAAACUGAAUCAUCCAGAACUACAGAGAGGAAACGCAUCACUCAAACUCUCAUCAGUCCGAGUCUCUGAUGAAGGACUUUAUAAAUGUUUCAUUCAGUCCAAAUCCCGGUCUGAUGAUGCCACUGUUAAUGUCAGUGUUGAAGCUGUAGGACGUCCUCCAGUGAUCACUGUAGAUGGGUUUGAUCAUUCAGGAGGGCUUCAUCUACAGUGUGAAUCUGAAGGUUGGAACCCUGAACCUGAUCUUGAGUGGCUGGACAGUGCAGGAGUCAGUUUGAGUUCAGAAACUACAGAGGCACACAGAAACACAGAGGGAUUCAAUGUGAAACAUACUAUCACUGUACAUCACAGUGACAAGAUUCACUGCAGAGUCAAACUGAGACAUCACAUGCUGGAGGCACUGAUUAUCAGCUCAAGUAAUAUGUUUAAUUCUUGGAGGACAUCAGUCAUCGUGAUUGUUGUGCUCAGUGUGAUUGCUGGAAUACUGAUAGCUGUGUUUGCUCAUAAAAACAGAGAGCACAGUCGAUUACAGAAUGAACACAGUCAACUACACUAUGAACACAGUCAACUACAGGAUGAGAAGAGGAGACUACAACAUGAAUUUUCUUUAGAACGUGAUCAACUUUUACAAAGUCUGAAGACAAUCAUACCUAAAGCUCUCACACAUUCAAGAACACACAAGGUGAAUGUGAUUCUGGAUGCUGAUAUGGCUCAUCCACGUCUCAUCGUGUCUGAUGAUGGGAAACAAGUGAGAGAUGGAAACAGACAAACAGGAGUGAAUGGGGAAAAAGACAGAUUUGAUGAAUAUCUUGGUGUUCUUGGGAAGGAUGGAUUCUCCUCAGGGUGUUUUUACUUUGAGGUGCAGGUGAAAGGACAAACUAGGUGGUAUUUAGGAGUGACCAGAGCAUCUGUUAGCAGGAAGGGGUCGAUCAGUCUGAGUCCUGAGAAUGGAUACUGGUCUGUGGGUCUGGAAAUUGGGAAGUAUAGGGCUCGUGAGUCUUCAUAUGUCUAUCUUUCUCUGAGUGUGGAUCCUCAGAGGGUCGGUGUGUUUGUGGAUUAUGAGAAGGGUCUCGUCUCCUUUUAUGAUGUGGAGUCCAUGUAUCAUAUCUAUUCUUACACUGAUCAGUCUUUUGAUGAGAAACUCUAUCCAUUUGUUAGUUUGGGGUAUUGGAGGAAUGAAAACCCCACACCACUGAUUAUCUGUGAUGAUUACUAAUGAGAUCAGUGACUGAAUUUACACGAUCAACUGAAAUAAACAAAAUACAAUUUAAAAAAGUGUA